CCUUUAAAAAUUACGACUCCAUUGCCCGGUCAGCCGAUUCUUUCAAAGCAGGCGUGAUGGCUGUUUCUGGAUACAAGUUAUACAGCAAGAAAGAGAACGUAGCAGCGUAUUUCUCCCAAGAUAUUCUAUACCACUGGAAGGAACUUAGUCCAGAAGAAAUGAAGAAAAUGUUUGCACCGAAGUUCAAGGUCGGAUUCUUCAUGAGCACCGUCCUUGUGGAGUGUCAGAGGUACCUUCCCUGGUUAACUGGGAGAUUUAUACGGAAAGGUGGUAAACUAGUAGACAGGAAAGUCGAAAGUUUACAACAGUUUGCUGGACGAUACGACGUGGUGGUAAACUGUUGCGGGCUGGGAGCACGUGAACUGCUUGCUGAUGACGUCAUCAGACCCUUGCGGGGCCAAGUUAUACGUGUCAAAGCGCCCUGGAUAAAACAUUUCUAUUCCACAGACACCGACUGCUACAUAUAUCCAGGCGUGGAUACCGUGGUCCUUGGUGGCGUCAAACAGUUGGACAAUUUUAACUUAGAGGUCGAUCCUGGGGACAAGGCAAAGAUCAAGAAGAACUGCACUGAGCUUGUGCCUUCUUUAAAAGACGCAGAAUUCUUGUGUGAUUGGGUUGGUCUACGGCCACUGAGGGAACCACUACGAUUAGAACGAGAAGACAUGAAAUUCGGGGACCGAUAUCUGAAGGUUGUCCACAAUUACGGUCACGGACAGAGUGGCGUUGGGCUGAGCUGGGGGACGGCCGUUGAAGCCACAAAACUUGUACAGGAGGCACUGGGUCCGAAGACAGUGAGCAAACUGUGACUGUUCUGGACGGGCGAGUGCAGACACAUAGCGAACCAAUGGUUG